AUGGCUUGUAGCAUCACUGCACGGAGAAAUACCUGGCUUGGAGGCUGGGAUGUGGAUCCCUCUGCGAGGUCUAAAGUGGCUUCUGUGCCCUUUAAGGGUGCUAAACUGUUUGGGGAGGAUCUCGACCGUUAUCUAGUGGAAGAUAAAGACAAGAAAAGGAUUAUAGACAGCGAGAAUGAAGCACUGCUGGCGGCUCUCACCGAGACACUGGAUGACAUCCAGGGAGACGACAUGGGUCUGGCUGCCUUCAGAAAUAUGGAUGAGGGGGACAUGCCCAACAGCGGCUGCACAUCACCCACCCCCUCUCCCAAACCUGCUGCCCCUGUCUCGAGGGGGCCUCCUCUGGCCCCAGAGGUUGAUGAGCUGUCUCUACUGAAGAAGUUGCUUCUUUCUCCGUCCAAUGUGCCUGCAAGCUAUGAGUUUCCAAAAGAGGCAAAUGUGUGGCAAUCAGGAGCAUCCAGAUCCCGAUCCCAGAGGCCCUGUACAAAGGUGGAUGGUGUUCGAGACAGGAAGUCAAGCUUUCUCCAGCCUCAGAGUCGAAGUUGCACUGAGCUUCAUAGGCACCUCACCUCCUCCUCCAUUACCACCACACAUUGCCCACACACAAAAUCCAGCUGGUCCCUAGAUGAGUGCCACAGUAGCAACGACGGCAAUGAGCCCCAGGGACAUUAUGCCCACAAUGGAGAGGACAGUGACUCCAGUGAAGAUCCGCUGAGUUUCAGUAACAUUGCAGCAACUCCUCCCUCCUCCUCAGAGGAAGGCAGCAGUGAGAAGGAGCUUCGUGCUGCUGUGGAGCUUAUCCGCUACAUGCAUACCUACUGCCUUCCUCCCAGAAAGCUGCCCCCUACAGGACUUGCAGAUGUAAAACACCAGCAUUACCACAGCCCUUCCAAAAGAGCAAAGCCAGACUGCCCCCUACAAAGGCCUCUCCUCUGUGACAAGGACACUCGUUCCUCUCGUUCCUCCUGGCAUGCUUCUGCAGGUUGCAAACAGUCCAGAGUCGCCUCCUCCGAUUUCUCCAUCUUGAAAGAGCUGCUAGCCAGAGACCUCCCCUGUGACGUGAGCAAGCCAUACCGGUUGGCCAAGCCUGUAUAUGCCUCCUUGGCCAGGUCACAGCCUCCCAAAUCUCCAAGGCCUCCACCCCUUGAGACUGGGCGGGCUGCAGAGACAAAUACGUCCACAGCCAAAAUGCCACCAAAGGAGAAAACUGGGCUUAGGCAGAGUGCCCCCAUAGAGCCCGAGGCUAAGAAAGAGGCUGGCGGCCCUGGAGAAGAAGACGGGGCAAAGCAAGGGACUUCCUCAGCCCAGCUGGCCUCUGGGAAGAUGGUUCGCAAGCAGGAGAGCUCUGUCUACGCAGUACGUCGCUCCAAAAGACUGAACCCUGAGCUAAGUCUCUGGCUGUCGUUCCUUGAGGAGUCUCCAUCAGACCCUGCUAUAUCCACAGAGUCAACGGGGGAUGGGGCAAAGGAGCCAUUUCCCUCCACAGCACCUUUAGAAAACUUUGAUACAGAAGCACCAGCAGCAGAGGUGGAAGUCAGUGGUGUGGAUGAGGUGGAGAGUGAAUGUCAGAGCCACCUGAUGGAGCUGCAGACCCCUUCUCCUGAGAGCUCUGGAGAGAGCAAGGCAUAUGAGAUAAAUGAGAUAUCCUGCUGUACCCUCUUGCACCAAACAGAAGCACCCAGGUGUCUGUCGCUGCCCUUGGCACAAAUUGACCCUACAUUUGGGAAGCAGAACUUUGAGCAAGUGCUGACUGUAGAGCUGUGUGGCACUGCAGGUCUUACACCACCAACGACUCCGCCAUACAAGCCUUCAGAGGAGGACCUGUAUAAACCUGACAUUCACCAGAGGCCUGCAAAGGAGACUGCUGUCAUCACCAGCUCUGAGCUGCAACCAGCAACAGGCAAUGGGGCAAACUCCAGGAAGUUCCAGAAGAAGCAUCCAGUGCGGACAGAGCUGUACGCCCACCUGAGUCGGGCUGCUGCCCACCCAUCUCACCUUGAGCAACAUGGGAUGCUGAAGCGCCCUUUCUCACGUUCUUUCGGUGACCACGACUACUGCCAAGUCUUGAAGUCUGAGGCCUCACUCCAGAGGAAGGUGCUGAAAUCCUGGGAACCCCUGAGCUAUGUGGAAAGCCAGCACAAGCGGAGAGUGCCUGAUGUACACUAUCGGGGUGCAAGCGAAGAGGGCACUGUCAAGGCCUCAGCAAAGGAGGGCAGCAAACAGCUGAGAGACCAGGAGAUCAGAGCCAGCUUGACAAAACAUUUUGGCCUCUUGGACAGUGCCCUGGAUGAUAGGGAGACAGCCCUCUGCAAGGUGCCUGACUAUGACACUGUCUUUGAGGACAGCUGCAGUGAGAUUGGUUCCCCGCUAGAAGAGGAGGAGGAGGAGGAAGAGUGCUGCUCAAGUCCCUUGGAAUCCAAGAUGUGCCCAUACAAGAAUCCUCUUUCUAGAGCCAGUUUGCACUAUUGUUCCAGAAGCAGGCCUGGUUCUGAGUCUCCAUGUGGCAGGUCCAGGUCUCCAGCAAGCAGAUGGGCUUUCAGAUGUGAAAACGGCAGGCAGUGUCAGGAUGGAACUGUGAGCAACCCAGGGCAGAUGGAAAAGCGAAGAGAAAAAGCCAUUGGAGAAGGCCGGGUCGUGUUCAUAAAAAACCUCUCCAGCAGUAUGAACUCCAGUGAACUGAAGCAGCGUUUUGAAGUGUUUGGCGAGAUUGUUGAGUGUUGUGUUUUGACCAGAAACAAAAGGGGAGAUAAGUAUGGCUUCAUCACAUACCGGUGUUCAGAACAUGCCGCCUUAUCUCUGAAGAAUGGUGCCUCAUUGCGAAAAAGAAAUGAGCCCUCAUUCCAACUGAGUUAUGGUGGCUUCGGGCACUUCUUCUGGACCAGAUACACUGACUUGGAUUCCAGUACAGAAGAAUCCUCCCCAGCUCCAGUAAAAAGUAAAUAUGAGACCAUGGAUUUCGACAGCCUGCUACAGGAGGCCCAGGAAAGCCUGCAUCGGUAA